AUGAACAUAACGCAGAAAAUAAUUUCAGGGCUUAUUUUUUCCCCAGUUUGUCCUUUGAUAAUUAUAUUUAUAGAGCUUUCUGUGGCCAGUGAUCCAGUCUUUAGACGCUGCAGUUACUUUGCAAAGCAUGGUACCUGAUUCUGGAUAAUAACAUCGCUGCAAUUGUAAAGACGUCUUAAGACUAAAGGCACGAUGUCAGCGGAGCACCAAGUGCCAAUGUCCCAGCAGUUGAAGGCUCUUCUGGAGGAAGGGCACUUUGAGAAGGCCUUGUUGCUAGCGAGAGCCUGCUACUAUGAUGAGGAGCUGGGCGAAGAUCAAGUGUUUCUGGAGACUGCUCUCAUUCUCUGCACUAACAUGGAGAAGCUGGAUCUAAUGUGGAGUGAGAUCCAAAAGUUGAAAUCUAUGGAGCAGAUUCUACCUGUUACAAAGUCUCUUCGUCAAUAUUACAUUCCAGCUGCUCUAUUGACAGCAGAGAUGCUACUCAGCAAAGAGUGGUGCACAGAGACAGUCUCACUGAGUGACCUCCAGCAGGUCACUGACCUCUGGAUUGACCUUCUGUGGUCCGAGUGCGACCAUGAUAAGGAGGCGUUCGAAGCCAAGGUACGGCAGGUCAGCACGUUUGUCCUGUAUGAACCGGUGUUCAUCCUCAAGCUGGUCAGGGCCAUUCACCGUCAGGUCGGGAAGCAGUCACUUGUCUUCUGUGUGAACCUGUGUCUGUCGGUAUUUCAGGAACCUGCCAGCGACCCUCAGAGCAACCUCUUCAAUGCCUGUCGUAUCGAUCUGAACAACGCAGCCCUGUGUCGACAGCUGUUCGUCUUAUUCGAAGGAGACAUGAGACUACAGAGACUGUGCCUUCUGACAACGUUCACCAUCACACCAACUAUGAAACUGUUUGAAGAGGUUGACAAACUCUAUCGGAGGAGCACCUUUAGUGUUUCUUCAGCAGUGCCCCUCUUGCCGUCCUGUCUGUCGUGUGUUCUCUUUCAGACCAUGAGCAGCUUCCUUCCAGACUCUAUUUGUCCGCUGUUGGACUGGAAAGUGAUUCGAUCGAAAUGCCUGAAGUAUCUACGCCACACUAGCCAGAUGAGUAUGCAGGUCAGGCUACCAGAGAGGGACAUUGCAGUCAAGAUGUUUGUCAAGAAGAUGCCGGAUGAGAUGGAAGAUUCCAUCGAGGAGACCAAUAGCGAGAAGCCGAUGGACGUAAAUGAUUCGGCGAACACAUUAGCCAAGAGACAGUGGCUGUCCACUAUGAUGUCACUUGAUAUGUCAUGGCAACCCUACACACAUCUAGUGACAUUUCAAGGGAAUGAGCAGAAGAGCUCGUCCAAAUCAUGUUUGAACAGCACUAGGGAUUGUGAUUUGAUUGGGUCGUCUUUGACCAAUCUUCCACGAUGUAGUGUCGUCUUGCAAGACUGUGAGGAGCUGCUGAUGGCACAAAACAUAUCCAAUCCAUUGAUAAGGAAACAAGGCUUGGAUCCAAUAAGAGAUAAUACCUUGACUGCCUCUGUGGCUCUUAAUCCAAGGGAACAAUCCCAAGCCAUAGCAACAAAGAGUGACAUUGAUACCAACCCGCUGUUAACUCUAAGAACACUUGCUGCACUGAAACCUGCCGAGACAAGCCCUGAAGUCAGCUCCGAGAUGGAAGCUGUUGAAGAUGUGCGUGAUUUGGAAGUAAAGCCUCUGGAGCUAUGUGGUUUACAACAGCAGGAUAUCAGACAAGAUGUAAAUGAGGUUGGACAAGAGAUCGAUGAUGGUAGGCAAGACAUUGAAGAUGGUAGGCAUGACAGCUAUGAUAAGCUCACUAUGCAUAGCCAAGAAGCCAUUAUUGAAGAUGAUAGCAGGCACAAGUUAAACAGUAUGAGAAGCCUGAAAAAUGACCAUGUCUAUAGUCUUCCAGUGUCAAAGCAGAAGCACUUUUUGUCGGCGGAUGAACUUAACUUGAAUCAAGAUGUGAGAAACUCAGAACGAGAGCAAAACCUCACCCAAGAGAUAUCGUCCAGCAGUGAAAUGGCUGGCAGUGGGAAUCAUGUGCAACAGUUCAACUCAAACAGCUUUGCAGAGGACCAAGUAGCAGACCAGCAACAAUCCAUACUAAACUUAGAGAGAACAUCCGAUGAAGAUCCAGUCUUCUUUAGUGAGGGGUCAGACAAUGAUGAAUUCUACUCGGAGAGACAAUACACCAAGUUGUUUGAAAGCUCUCUUGAUUCAACACGUGGAAGUCUAGGUGAAGAUGCAGAGAACUACACGGCAGAGUCUUUCCUGCAAGAUUCUGCUGACAACGAAAUCAUCUCUGAAACUCCCCUGAUGCAGAAUAUCUACAACUCCACUGAAAUCCCAUUGGACAUGGAUACCUGGUUUCAGAACUUCGAUAAGCUGCCGCAAGCGAGUCUGAUGGAAGAGGAUGUUUUGUCGGAACCUGCCAUGGACGCUGAGCAGAUGAGUGCACAGUGGGCGGCCAUUAAAGAAGUUGAUGGGAUUGUAGAUCCAGCGUCGCAUGUACUGAACUGGAAUGAGAUGGAUUCAUGGUUGGAGGAUUCCAUCGUCCACUGCCACAAACCUGCGCCUUAUACCCAGGCCUUUCAAACAGAUAGCGUGGGUCUGUGUCGGGAUGCCAAACCGAUUCAGAAAACAAAAACCGAGAAGUGUAAAAGUCUUCAAAAUACCAUCAGUAGACUGAGAGCAACUUUUGUCGACAAGGAUGACAAUUUCGUUGGAAUUAAUUUGAACGGUCGGGAUUCAACAAGUCCACUGUCGGAAGCCAACACAUCAACAACUCAAAGUAGCUGCCAAGAAAUGGUAAAGCAGCAACCCAUUGACCAACCGUGGAAUAAUCCCCAGGGAAGCGACCAAUAUAUAGCUGGACAAGAGCAGUCGAUGAGCUUAAAGUCCGUUAAACAGCAGUCACCUCAUCAACAGUUGUUGAACUCUGACAGAGCCGCUAGCUCCACUCUAUCAGUGAAUUCAAUCGAUCAGCAGUUGAUCUGCUUGGAUUCGACGAACCAGCAACAGUUAGCCAACUCUGAGCCAGCUCUGACCCAACUUGUGGUUCCCACUGAAGAGCAGUUGGAUUUCUUUGAAUCAGUCACCCACGAAUCAUCUUGUGAGCAGCUUAACACCUCUGAUUCAACCAUAAACUCUGUCAUGGAGAAUGAUUCCAGUCAACAAAAUUUGGAAUCAAUCAAGCAGCAGUCUAUCGGCCAAUGCUCAGCCGACUUAAAACCUGUUACCUGUCUUAGCCCAAAUGUAGACCAGUCUUCCAACGAAUCACAAUUGACCCACUCACCUUCAACCAACCAGGAUUGCAUCUACCAACAGCCAAUCAAUGCAGAGUCUGUUGACAACUCAAGCACGAACACUAACUCUGUUCAACAAGAACAGUUGGUCAGCCUGGAAUCAGCUAGCCAACCAACAGUCUCCACCGAUUCUGCCAUCCAAAACCCAAAUGACCAGCAACAGUUGCCAAACCACAUUCUCCCUGGACAUCAACUCUCUGUCGACUCUCAAUCCACCGAUCAAGAGUUGGCGAACAAAUUGCCAACUUUCGAACCACAGAAUGAAAUACCCAACAACUCAGAUAAUCAAGGCAGUUUUGAAGAACUGAGCCCAAACGAGGAAAAACACAGAGCUUUUCAAGAAAUAUCUUGUUGCCAAAAUGAGUCCAGCCUCUACAAAGUUGGAGUGGGUCUAGAUAGUUCAUAUGACCACAAAGACUUGCUUCCGGAUUCCCCAUCCAGCUGUACAUCACAAGAAGGCAGCGUCAUGAUGAUCAGCACAGACUUUGAUAGUCCAACAAAGAAAGGGGAUCAAGGCCAAACUGUGAAACAGGAAACUGAAGUUAUUAAAGAGUCGAAGGAGAUACUUCUGGAAUCGUUGAUUGCAGUGUGUGCUAGUGAGUACAACAAGACCAUUAAUUCAAUGCAAAGUUGCAAUGAAGAAACAGCUGUUAGGGAGCUAAGUCCUACCCCAGUUCAGAAACCAGAGCCUGAAGCCUAUGUUUUAAAUCAGUUGGCGCAAACAUCUGAAGCAAUUUCCCAAAGUGGCAAAUCCAAACGAUUUGUCUAUGAAGACGGGAAAUUAACUGUAAUUGAAGGGGGGUCAUUUGGGGUGGUUAACUCUGGAACAGCAGAGACGGUUAAGCAGGUUAAUAGUUCGGCGGCUUCCCCAUGUCCCAUUAAAGACAAGAGUAAAGACUCAGACUCGGACUGUAGUGAUUUUGAGUUGGUCCCAGACGUGAACUGCAGGUGGUCUCUAAGUGGCAGAAAGAGACCUGCAGAGAGCUGUUCUGUUCCAAAUGUAGAGCUUCAAAAUCAGGUGAAGGAAACUUCUAACGGAACCAAAGCUGUAGAGGGUUCUUCUCUUCCGACUGGGAGAGGUGUUAAUGAGUGUAAAAUGAGGCCAAAGAAAAGUGCAAAGUUGGUUAAGAGGAACCUUGAGCCAGAACAAACAGAUGAAGCCAUGACUGGCAGGUACAAUCUCAGAACAACUCACAGUACAGUUAGCCACUGCCUAAGCAGUUCAAACUCUGAAUCAAAGGAUUGCGGUAAGAACUUUGGCGAGACAAGACGAUACCAUCUGCGAAAUGCUUCUCAGUCUGGUACAAUGCCUCCAACCACAACAUCUUCAAAGAAACCUCGUCUAGCAUCGAAGACCCCACGUAAAAAGACAACUCGGACCAAAUCCCAUAAGCAAGUCGCCAAGCAAUCUCCAACUGAGAUAGUCUUGGCUCCGAACAUCACCUGCAAAUGGACUGAGGAAUACAACUCAUUCUUACUUAAGAGUAAAGCUAACGCAAACAAGGACUCACAUCACAAGACCGCCGUUCCUGUUCGAAAUGUUAUGCACGACCGAAACAACAACCACUACCAGAACGGUAAAAGCUGCAAUAAAUCUACUACGAUCUGCACGUCUACGUCCAGGGUCAUCCCAUCAAAUCGUAAAACAAGCACGCCAUCUAUCCUUGGGAGUUUCGCAGGUUUUAUCAGUGACCCAAAGGUCCCCUGGGAUGGUAAGCGACCAAUGCGUACUUAUUCAGGCAAAAAGCAUGUCUUGCCUCCAAUUCGAUCAAACCUGGAUCCAAGUUUAUAGAGCUGUUAAAGCACAACUGUGAGCAAUGUUGAGUACCUAAACUAGGGUACCAAUCAAAAUAUCAUGUCUUUCCCUGCUUGGUUUUUUUAUUUUGUUCAGCAAUCGGCUUCGGCAGCUCUUUGAAAUUGGACUCAAGACAAAGUCUCUUGGACCAUUAUCAACGAAAGAUGUGUUUAAUUUUUUCUGUUUUAUGAGUAAUAAGGUGAGACUUUUGUGUGAUGUAUUUGAUUAACAUUGGCCGGUAUGUAUGGUCUAGUGCGUACCCAGUAACUCUGACACUUAAAGAAAGGCUCCCAGGUCAAAAUGGGUUUUGUGAUUCCGUCAUUUACCACUAGACAGAAUCCUCUUGAAAGCAGGGGAAAAGUCUCUAUACCUCUUGUUAAAGAUGGUGGAAAUUGUGAUAUUUGACACUUUUUCAGAAAAAUAAUGUCAUCGUCAAAAACAUAUUGGUCUGUGUAUUUCAAAGAGGAAUUUCUGCACAAGUCAUAAGCUUAAAUUCAAUGCCUUUUUGUUUGACUAUCAACGGAAUUCAAAUGUCAACUGAAAAAUCUUUGUACAAAAGUUACAAACCACACUUUGUUUUUAUUGUUACGUUUUUUUGCGCUUUUGGAAAAAGAAAAAAAAGGAACUUGAAGGGUAUUAAACACAAUGGGAUUUAGCUGCUGGAAUUAAUUUCCAUAUUUUAUUUAGGACUUUGUAUUUUGGAAAAUGAGUGCACCACAAAAUUAAGUUGACCUUGGUGACCGCUUUAAUUGUCGCACUAUGCAGUUGUACAUGUACUUGAACUGUAUCUUUGCAGCAAACUUGAACUGCGGCUCAGUAAUUGUGUCUACAUCGCUUCAAUCGAACGUAAAACUUUUGAUACUCGAGACCCAUUUCAAUUGACAUCUUUCUGUACCGCGAUAAAAAUUGCUUUAUUAUUAUUUAUUGAAUAACGCGUGGCAGACUUAAAGGCACUGGACACCAUUGGUAAAUACUCAAA